AUGGUUGGACGAACGCUUAUUGACGUUGCCAUUAUCGGUGGUGGGCCAGGAGGACUAGGCACGGCCAUCGCCCUAUCUCAACUCCCGUUUGUUCGGAUCACUCUGUAUGAGAAAAAUCCGGAACCUCGUGAGGCUGGUGCUGGGAUAAGUCUCAGUGCAAAUGCGUGGAAAGUACUGGACUUGCUUGGAGCCAGCGAGGAGGUCAAGGGAGGAUCCAAGUCAAACACACAUCAACGUAAUGCAUUUACAGGUGAUGUUCUCGGCGUGGUUAAAUCACCUGAAAACGCACAGGCAGACUCCCGUGGGGCGAUUCGUGCCCGCAGGACACGCCUCCAAUCGGCACUGCUCUCUCGAGUGCCAGAAGGCACUAUCCAAUAUGGAAAGAAGCUCAUUCAUCUAGAGAAUCUGCCGACUAGAGGAGUGCGUUUAGUCUUUCAUGAUCAAACAGAGGCAGUUGCAGACCUUGUUGUCGGGGCAGAUGGGAUACAAUCUAUUGUUCGCCGGACAUUAUUGCCAGAUCAUCACCUCUCUUUCACGGGAACCAUUGCGUGGCGGGUGAUUGUGGCCAAAGCAUGCCUGGCUCAUAUCCCGGACAUCACAACUUCUACGAGCUGGUGGUGGGGUGAAUCGGGCCACGUCUAUUUCUCAGAUGUCGAUGAUGAGGAUGAAAAGAACCCUUACUUUGAAAUCACUGUGCGUGGAUAUCGUGAGCCCGAGAUCCUAGGGAGGACUGUUGUCUGGGGAGUUCCUGCCACUAACGAUCGCGUCGCCUCUCGUGUUGAGAAAUACGAUCGACGAAUAAAGGACGCUGUGAGCAUCGUACCAGAAGGAGCCUGGAGAGAGUUCGCCAUGUUUGCAGGGCCACGCCUAGACAGGAUCAUUGGCUGGGACAACAAGGUCGCCCUUAUCGGAGAUUCCAGUCAUCCUCUCUCCGGUGCUUUUGGUUCAGGCGCAACAUUUGCCAUGGAAGACGGUUGGAUUCUUGCACGGGCCUUGGAUUACUCUCAAUCACUUGGUCUUUCUAUAAGAGACGCUCUCGAAAUCUUCAACAAUAUCCGCUCUCCAUAUUAUGCCAGAAUGUAUGAGCAUCUGGAUGAAUUAGAGGAGAAGAUGCGAAAAUCGCGACAAGAAAGCAAAGACUUCGAUGACUUCCUACGUGCCAAGAUUAAGUACUUGAUAUAUGGAGACAAGGACUUCAUUUACAAGAAUGACAUUCAGAAGGUUUGGGAAGACUACAUAGUAUCAGCAGAAGGACAACCACGAUAG